AUGGGGGCCUCGGCGCUCAUCUCUGCCGGUGGUGCGACUCUCCGGCCGAUCGCCGGGCGCUCACUCACCCACAUCCGACCUCAGCUCCGUGCCACUCCGGCUGCCGCAGCCGCAUCCCGGUCAACGACAACGCACCUGACCCAGCCAUUACGGCACUCUUCCGCUUGGACGCACCGGCGAACAUCAACACCACAACCAUCCGCACUCUCAUCCUCAACAGCGCGCCAUUACCGCCUCAAAUCCACAACAACUUCAACCGGCCCCCAACCCCAUCGCCCCCCCAAACGCAAAUCCUCCACCUUCAUAAGCCCCCGCUACCUCCCCGUCCUCAUCCUCCUCGCAGUAGGCGGCAUAGCAUGGGACGCCCAAUGGCUCUUCCCCUCCACGCCCGAAUCAAACGACCCAGCCGCCCAAACAGCCCUCGGCCCAGCCCGCAAGUUCAUCCCCUUUGACGUCGUCGCCCGCGAGCAGGUCUCCCCGACCUCCUUCAUCCUAACCCUCAAAGCACCUCGCGGCAGCAGAAACAGCAACGUCGCAAGCGUGUCCUCCCUCUGGGACAUCUUCGACCUCUGGUGCGUGGAGGUGAAACAGCCCCAAAUCCAGGUCGCGAGGGAAUACACGCCCCUGCCCCCCGUCCCAGGCUCCCCGUAUGACGAGGAUACGCUCCGUCUCUACGUUCGCGCCGUACGAGGGGGUGAAGUCUCGACGUACCUAAGCCGUCUGGCACCCCUUUCCUCUUCUCUCUCAUCAUCAGAUGGCACCGCAACAAAAGGAGACAAAGUCGAACUCCGCGGCCCCCACGGCGAAUUCGACCUCCGCUCCCGCCUAGGCAAACGAGGCGACCGCGUCGUAUUCCUCGCAGGCGGAACAGGCAUCGCCAGCGCACUGCAAGCAGCGCACGCCGUUCUCCCGCUGCCCGACGGCCCGUCCAUGACUAUCUUCUGGGCCGUCAGGAGCCGCGAUGAGAUUCGGGACCAGCUGGCCGGGGGAUUUGCGGCGGCGGCGGCGCCGCAGGUGAAGCCUUCGUCAUCAUCGUCGGGGAGCUGGUGGAAUCCCUUUUCAUCAUCAUCAGCAAACACGCCCGGAUCCCAGGCCGAGUCUCUCCUUUCCGCAGAGACUCUUGCCGCUCCCUCGCCUAUAAGCAGGGACCUCCUCGCCCUUAAGGUGAAAUACGGCGACAAGCUCGACGUCCGCGUCGUAGUAGACCAAGAAGGCACCGCCGUCCGCGAAGCAGACCUCUCCGCGGCGCUCACUCUUCAACCCUCCCCCAAAACCUCUGCCGAUACGCCGACACACGCAGUCGAAGGCUGUAAAUUCCACUCCCAGACAGCACACAUCGGCAUGGUCGACGGCGCGCCAAACGCCGGGAAGAGAAGCCUCUUCAAGCAAGACGACUGCGCUUGCUCCGCCGACGCCGUCGCGCCACGGGGCAAGAACCUCUUUGUGGUUUCAGGGCCCGAGGGCUUCGUCAAGGCGUAUGCUGGCGCCAAGUUAUGGCGGGAUGGCGGGCAGUUGCAAGGGCCUGUGGGGGGUAUGUUGGGCGCGAUGCAGAGGCGGGACCCAGAUAUCUUGAAGGAUUGGAUCGUUCUCAAGUUGUAG